AUGAAUGUCGAUCAUUGCACUGAUCAUACAAUAAGAAGAACAAGUAGUAGUAGUAGAAUGGAAGAUGUAGAUGAGGAUGCUGAUCGUGUGGGGAGAAGAUUGUGUUUUUAUAAAGAUGAAGUAAAGAAUGAUGUGAUCCGUGAACAAUUUGGGAAUAGACAUCAUGAUGAUGCUGAAUAUAUGGCCAAUUUGAUAGGAAAGGUCAUCAUGAUGUUUGGUGUAUCAUCAUUGUGUAGUAGUACUAUCUUAUUGCCUUCUUUGCGAAAAUCACAGUCUUCUUCAUCAUCAUCAAAACUUGUAUUAUUACUUCUUUCAUCAAUAUUAAUAUUACUAUUAACAACAAUUAAUUCAUCGAGUAGCUACUUUAUGGUCGAGUGUUCAUCCUCUCCAUCACCAUCAUCUAGAUUUGUAUCAUAUCUUCAACAGUCAUCAAUGUAUUCUAAAUUAUCUUCAUCCUACAAUAACUUAUUCAACAAUAAGAAUUCAAUACUCUCUCAGCCUCAUGAUGAUCAACAAGAAUUUCCAACAGGCUUGGAUUGUUCCUACUUUUCCAAUAGUAAUAAUAACAAUAAUAAGAAUUUGGAAAGUUGUAAUUCACUUCCUCUUGAACAUUCUCCCUUCUCCACCUUCACCAUCAGAUUAACUGGAGGAACUGAUGCUGUUUAUGGAACUUCCUAUCCACCAAUUCUCUAUCCUCUUUCCUCUACUUCCACUUCUAAAUUAUUUAAUAAUCACAACAAUAUUAAUAAUAUUAAUCAAAACAAUUAUCAUGAUGUAAAUUCUAUGGAAUCAACAUCCGAAGAAACUAUAAUAACAACAUCUUCUAUUGAUCGAGAUGAUCAGCAGCAUGUUUUAAUUCCUAAUAAUCAAACUAGUUAUUGCUAUCAAGUCCAAAAGUGGUUGGAUCAACAAGGUACAUUAGCAACAACAAAUCAACAACAAGAACAAGAAAUUGGAGUUGCUCUCUCACAAAUACCAACCAUGUGUUCCCAAUUCUUUUGCAAUCCGAAAGACUCUUCUAAUCGAUUGAUCAUUCAGGAGAUUUUCAGUAAUUUGUCCAGGUCUUUGAGUGAAAAUUCAUUCUUUCCAAGUGUCGUCACUACACAAUUCUCCAUAAAAUUGACAUUGGAAAAUUCAAGUGAGAUUUCUGGAAGUAAUUAUUAUGAAGAAGAAGAAGAGCCAACAACUGGUUGGAUUACAAUGACAAUUUCACAACUCACUAGAUUAUAUAAUUAUUGUCAUUAUUGUAAGGUGGGAAAUCCCUCAUUUGAGUUGUUCAAGAAGGAGAGAGAAGAGGGACAGUGUACUUUGCCAUUUAGUAUGAAUGCUUUGAAAUCUGCUUCUGCCUCCAGUAAGGACAGUUCAACAAACAUGACCACUGCUGCUAUGAAGAGUGACUUGUUGGGAUUAGAAACAGAUCAGGAUAUUUGUGGACAGAAGGGAUAUUCUCUUCCUCUCCUCAAUACCAUGACCUAUUCUUCUCUGAAUGAUCCUCGCUUACUCUACUAUUUCCCUUACAGAGUUUGUUAUUGUUAUUCGAGUUCAAGUUUUUCUUCCAAGUGUGAUGAGUGGAGUGAUUUGUACUAUACUAACGACUUCCAGAAUGGAAUUAGAGGAAUGUUUAUUGGACUCUAUUUGAUUCAGCUCUUGCUCAUCAUUGCCAUUGUGUUAAUUCCAUUACUGUACAAGCAUGUUAGAUUGGGAACACGUUCAUCUUUAGCGAGAAUUACCACCGAUACCAGCUCAACACAAGAUUUGCAAGCCAAGUUGACCUUUGAUGAGAAUUCCUAUUCUUUCAAAUUGAUCAGUGAAACUACACCUAAGAAAUCAUUCAAACAACGUUCCAGAUCCAACUCUCCUUCUGUACUCCCAAUACUCGAUCAAAGUUCUGACAGUGAGGACACUAUUACUAGUUCAUAUUACAAAUAUGAAACUGAAAAGACUGAAAAAAACACACCAGAGAUUGAUACACCCCUCCUCAACCUAGGUACUCCAAAGAGGAGAAAGACCAAUUGGAAGAGAGUAUUUAAAUCACUUGCCAAAUCUGUAUUUGACUUUAGAAUUAUUGCAACAAUUAUUUCCAUUACAAAUUUAAUUGCAGGUUUCUUGAGUUUGAUUCCAUCCCUUCCCUAUGAUGCUAGAUUGGUACUCAUUUCUAUAACUUGUGUUCUCUCCUUGAUGGGAUUGAUUCCAAUUGUCUUCCAGUGGUUGGUUGUUUUGAGAAAGAUUGACAGCCAAGAUCCAACUUCUCAUUCUGGUCGUCACAUUAAGGCUCUUUCUAUUGUUGUUUUCACAUCAACAAUAAUGUUAUUUAUUGGAUACAUGCUGACUGUGAUUUUUGUGAGUGGAUAUUCAAGUGUUCUAUUGGCCAGAUAUAUCAUGUUGGUUGUCCUGUUCUUGUACUUUAUCAUUUGUUUCCCUCUAUUGGUUGGAUAUGGAAUUAAGGUUUAUUUUAGAGUGUUGAAGAAUAAUAACGAGAUUAGAUUCUUCCAAUUCAAGUUUACAAAGUAUUUACUCUUUGAAAGCUUGACCUACUUGUAUUUUACAUGCUAUACAGUGUAUUUUAUAAUUUCCUAUCCUUAUUUCCUCACUACCUUCAAUAAUAUUGGAGAUCGUUUCAUGUCUGUUUAUCCUUGGUCCAUCACUCACAUUUUCAUCAUUCUCUCACAUUGCAACAGAUUUUACUUCCUCAGUGAUACUAGUUUUAUUAAGAUUUUCUACACCAAGCAUUUGUGUUGUUGCCUUAUGAAGAAGAAGAAGAAGAGGAAGCUUCACCAUUCUUCCAAGCCAUCCCCACAACAAUCAAAGGUCCAAUACUAUGAACAGAGUGGUACAACAAGUGUGACAACAAAUACACAAAGAAAAAUCAGCUCUGCCUCAACGUCCUCCUCCGUACACGAUGAUUCUUCGAUAUCCUUUUAA